UCUGCCAGUCAUCGCUGAAAUAGUUCACCUGCGGACACUCUCGCCCGCGCUUCAGUCAGAAACGCUGCUGUUCCAGGCCAGAUGGAAACCCGCAGCGACAAGAUGAGCCGCGCGCGCGAGGCCAACUGGCCCGCCGUCCUGUUCUACAUCCACGUCCACCUCCUCUCCAUCUACGGCCUCUGGCUGCUCUUCGUUGAGGCCAAGAUCCUCACCAUUAUGUUUUUGAUUACGCUGGUCGCAUUCGCUAAUUUGGGCAUAACCACAGGAGCGCACAGGUUAUGGGCCCACUACACUUACACAGCCAGCAAAGAACUGAAGAUCGCAUUGAUGAUUUUCCAGACACUUGCAGGAGUGGGCUCGAUCUACGACUGGGUGCAGCACCACAGACUGCACCACGCCACGUUCAAGACAGACAACGACCCGCAUGACUGCCGCAAGGGUUUCCUCUAUGCCCACCUGCUCACGCGCAUGCAGAAGCUCAGCCCGCAGCAGGAGGCCAUCAAGCAGACAAUCAACAUGUCUGACCUUGAGAACGACUCCGUUGUUAUGUUCCAGAAAAAAUUCUACUGGGUGCUGUACGCACUGGUGUUUGUGAUUGCGCCGCUGGUCGCACCUGUGGAGUACUGGGGCGAGUCGGAGCUGACCGCACUCUUCGUGAUCGGCUUUCUGCGGUACGCGCUCGUGCUGCACGCCGCCUGGCUCGCCGAGAGCGGUGUCAGCGUAUGGCGACUUAAGGAGGGGGAGAAAUACCCGCCGGACUCGAACACGGUGUUCAUCCUGAACCGGUCGUCGUGGCCGGAGUACCAUUACAUCUACCCCCACGACUACAAGUCCGGCGAGUACGGCACUUACGGGUCGGGCUGCUCGACAGCUUUCAUCAGGGUAUACGCGGCUUUGGGGCUGGCCACCAAGCUGAACACUUUGCAGACCAGGACCCUCCAACUGGCGCUGGCCGAGAAGGUCAAGACCAACAAACCCCUACUCCAGUGCAUCACGGAGGGAGUCAACCGACAGAACCUUCCAGAAGACCACUACUUAAAGAACUAGUUAAAUGUAUUUUUAAAAUUAAAUAUAUAUAUAU